CUAGCCUGCAUGGCGGCCCAGGCAGCGGGCGUGUGUAGGCGGCGGGCGGCUGCUGAGGGGCUGGGCUCCCACCAGAAUGCUGUGAAGUACUUGGGCCAGGACUUCGAGGCACUGAAGCAGCAGUGCUUGGACUCCGGGGAGCUGUUUAAGGACCCCGAGUUCCCGGCAUGUCCGUCAGCAUUGGGCUACAAGGAGCUGGGACCUGGCUCCCCCCAGACUCAAGGCAUCAUCUGGAAGCGGCCCACGGAGCUGAGUCCCAGCCCGCAGUUCAUCGUUGGCGGAGCCUCGCGCACAGACGUCUGCCAGGGCGACCUGGGGGACUGCUGGCUCCUGGCGGCCAUUGCCUCCCUGACCCUGAAUGAGAGGCUGCUGUCCCGCGUGGUGCCGGCGGACCAGAGCUUCCAGGAGAACUACGCAGGCAUCUUCCAUUUCCAGUUCUGGCAGUACGGCGAGUGGGUGGAGGUGGUGGUGGACGACAGGCUGCCCACCAGGGACGGGCGACUGCUGUUCCUGCACUCGGCCGAGGGCACAGAGUUCUGGAGUGCGCUGCUGGAGAAGGCCUACGCCAAGCUCAAUGGUUCCUAUGAGGCUCUGGCUGGCGGCUCCACAGUGGAGGGGUUUGAGGACUUCACUGGUGGCAUUUCGGAGUUUUAUGACCUGCGGAAGCCACCAGCCAAUCUGUACCGCCUCAUCCGGAAGGCCCUGCGCAAGGGGUCUCUGCUGGGCUGCUCCAUCGAAGUCUCCAGCGUGGCUGAAGCCGAAGCCAUCACCCGCCAGAGGCUGGUCAAGAGCCAUGCAUACUCUGUCACUGGAGCUGAAGAGGUCGAGGUCCUUGGCCACCUGGAGCAGCUGAUCCGACUGCGGAACCCAUGGGGCGAGGUGGAGUGGACGGGGGCCUGGAGCGACAGUGCGCCGGAGUGGAGCCGCAUUGACCCCCGGCGGCGGGAGGAGCUGGGCCGGAAGGCAGAGGACGGCGAGUUCUGGAUGUCCUUCUCUGAUUUCCUGGAGCAGUUCUCCCGCCUGGAGAUCUGUAACCUGUCCCCGGACUCCCUAAGCAGCGAGGAAGCUCACCAGUGGAGCCUGCUGCUGCUCCAAGGCCGCUGGGCAAGGGGCGCCACCGCCGGCGGCUGCCAGAACUACCCUGCCACGUACUGGACCAAUCCGCAGUUCAAAAUCCACCUGGAUGAGGCAGACGAGGACCAGGAGGAAGGCAUGGCAGAGCCCUGCUGCACCGCGUUGGUGGGGCUGAUGCAGAAGGACCGGCGCCGGCGCCGGCGGCUUGGCCAGGGCCUGCUGAGCAUUGGCUUUGCUGUCUACCAGGUCCCCAAGGAGCUGGCGAGCCACACAGACACACACUUGGGCCGAGACUUCUUCCACGGCCACCAGCCGGCAGCACGCUCAGGCGCCUAUGUCAACCUGUGGGAGGUGUGGGGCCGUGUGCAGCUGCCACCCGGCGAGUACCUGCUGGUGCCAUCCACCUUUGAGCCCUUCAAGGAUGGCGACUUCUGUCUCCGUGUGUUCUCUGAGAAGAAGGCCCGGGCCCUGGAAGUUGGGGAUGUUGUGGCUGGAGUCCCACAUGAGCCACAGCUUUCGGAAGGUGGCCACGGGGACCCAGAGCUCCUGAGCCUAUGUGAGGAGCUCACGGGAAAGUAUUCUGAGAUUGGUGCCAACGAGCUCAAGAAGGUUCUAAAUGGGGCGUUUUCCACACGAACCGACAUGAAGUUCGAUGGAUUCAGCAUCCACACUUGCCGGGAGAUGGUCAGCCUACUGGACAGCACCGGCACGGGCACCCUGAGGCCCGCGGAGCUCAGGACGCUCUGGCUGAAGAUCUGGAAGUAUCUGGAGAUCUACCAGGAAGUGGCUCACAACCAGCUGGGGACCAUGGAGGCCCAUGAGAUGAGGACGGCCCUCAGGAAGGCAGGGUUCACCCUCAACAGCCAGGUGCAGCAGACGAUUGCCUCUCGGUGUUCAGGCGGCACGCUCCACCUUGACUUCGACGGCUUCGUGGCCUGUGUGGUCCGCCUAGAGACCCUCUUCAAACUAUUCAAGCUCUUGGACCAGAAUCAGACUGGUAUCAUUCAGCUCUCCCUGGCUGAGUGGCUGUGCUGUGUGCUGGUCUGAGCAGCGUCCGGCAACUCUGGACCUUGGAGACUUUCCUGCCCCAGCUUUUCCCUCCCAUGG